GCGUUGCCAGCACAACUGACGCUGGCUUGCUGAUGAACUGAUGUCCCACUCGCAGCUCGCGUCUUGCUGUGCAGACUUACUUACGCUUCCUUAGCUGCGUCAUUGUCCUUCAAGCACGGAAGCUUUCACACAGCCAUACGCAGUCGAAAUACCGUGCAUUGCUCAGCGUCCGAUUCGCGUGUGACCCCGCGUCGGCUCCUGAAUCUACGGUGCCCGCUGCUUCCCGUGUCGAUUCCGCGCUUCGCUGCUCCUCUGCUCCACUGGUUCUUCCGAGCUCGUGAGGUUCCUAUCAUCCGUCUCGUCUACUCUCCUGCGGUUCUCGUCUACUAAGCGUCAGCGAUGACGUCAACGAUGGAAACCCCCAGUUCCGCUGUCCUACCUCCUCGCAAUCUAUCUGCUAAUCCAGAAUUGGGACCCUUAUCCUCCAAGAUACUUCCCCACCUCUUCAAGCUCUAUGGCUGCUCGGCAAGAGCUGAGGAUUUUGAAUUUUACUCUCCGGAUGCGAGGUUCGACGAUCCCCUUAUGUCAGCUCAUGGGUUGAAUCAGAUCAAGUCAGCCUUUUACUCCAUGCAAGUGCUUUUUCAAGAAGGGAGAAUCGUGGAGUACUCUAUAGAGGAGACAUCAACAGGAGAAGGCUCAGGUCUAGUGGUCAUGGACAAUAAGCAGAAUUACAAGGUCUGGGGCAGGCCCUUCGAUGUCGACUCAAGGAUCCAACUCAAGGUUGAAGGAGGGAAGGUGGUUCACCAUGAAGAUCUAUGGAACAAGAAGCCUCUAUGGUCUGAUCCUUCCAAUGGCAUUUUUGGAUGGUUGGGUUACUCCUGGCGGCGUGGCGCUAUGAUCACGACAGAUGUGCUCAUGGGUAGAGGAAAAGAUCCAAAAGGGAGGUCAUAGCUGCAGUGCGGGUGGGGAGACUUGCUGCAGCCUGCUAUGGCAUUACAACUAGGGUCUCAGAUAUUAGACGAAAUCGGUCUGAUGGUCUGAAAGUCAGACCUGUUUUUUUCCUUUCAUCUGAUUCUUUUACGGGCUAAAUUAAUUCGUCUGGUCGUCCACAUAAGCCAUAAGAUUAC